AUGUACACCGAAUCAACAUCGCACGUAGAUGAAGGAGUUGGCGCGGAUCAGGUUGACCUGAAGAAUGCGGACAACAGCCUCGGGUCGGACUCCGAUGAAGGACUCAAUACUGACUCGACCGACGAUGAUUAUAUCGGCCCUUGGAGGGUGCCACGGUCUCUUCACGGAUCCUUGCCACUAGACCUGUCCGACCGCAUUCCUCUGGAGAUCAUCGAGAGUAUUAUCGACUGCAUGGUGCAAGCCGCGUUGGUUCCUACGGCGCAAGUUUGUCGUGCAUGGUAUCCCCGUGCCAGGCACAACCUGUACUCCACCAUCCGACUCCAGUCCCGCAGAUGCUAUGAUCUGUUGGUCCAGCAAGUACGCACGUCGCCCCGCGUGAAGCAAAGGCUCGCGACAACGGACGGCCUAAUCGUGACACACUUCAUCGAGCGCAAAGGGGAUAAUAUACCCUUCCUGGACGCUCUGCCCCUCGUCUUUGCCGACGCACUGCCCGCUUUGCGAGUGCUCAGCAUAGAGGGGGCGCUCCGUCCAGUUAUGCACCCAAGCUUCUAUCUCGGUCUCUUGCAGUUCAAGCACAUCGUAUCGCUGCGCUUGUCUGCUGUCGAGCUAAGCAACAUCACGCAGUUGGAGCGGAUCAUCUUUGCGUGUCCGCACGUAGCAGAGCUUGGCUUGGACCGCGUUACCCUGGUCUCUGGGGCCACUCCCGUUCGCUGGGGAUCCAGUCGUCCAGCACACACCCGUUCCCGGAUCGCAUCCACCACCUCGCUUCGACGACUCGAUUUCAAACUGAGCCUUAGUUCGGGAAGCCUAUUGGCUUCUGUAUCAAUAGUCGAUUGGCUUGUGUCCUCCGCCAUAUGUACUUCCUUGCGCGAUCUGGAAUGGGCCGUCCGCGGUCCCAUGGGCGCCAUUGGUCACAUGAAACACGGCGCGUUCAACGCACAGCUCGAUCGACUACUCGAAACAACUGGUACAUCUCUGUCGUCGUUUGAAGAACAAUGGCCGGGGUUAUCUGUUGGUUCUGUCAUUGUUCCGAAUCUUGUCCACAACCGUGCCUUGAGGUACUGGACGUUCACGGUGAAUAUCAACCGAGAUCAGUUGGAGGACGGCUGGUCCGCGGUAGCAACCCAUCUGCGCAUGCUCCUCUCCACAGUCCGAAGCUAUAAGCUCCAGUGCAUCACGAUCAGACUCGGCGCCAUCAUCCGCAACGAGCAGCCUGCCUUGCCGAAUACAAAGGAGCUCAGUCCUCCCCAGGAGAGGUUCGUGUCAAGGACUCAGUUGCGCCGUCUACACAACGUCAUGGUCCAGCCGUACUUUGGCGCGUUAACUGCUGUCCAUGUCGCCCAUCCGGUUUUCUACCAUGAAGGGACACGUUGCAAGGGAAAUCCACGCGACGCAGAGAACAUCAGAACUGAUGUUCAGCAACUGCUGGGGCCGUGGCACGAUCGCGGUUUAGUCAAGUUCUCCCAUAUGCCUGACCCGUAUGUCUAG